AUGCUCUCGGCUGAGAAAACUCGUUGCGAGGUAGAGAGACGUAGGAGUUUCGGUCAUCGGCAACAAGUCGCUGUCAAGACGGUAUUUAAUUUAAUAAAUGGCUGUCAUGUCUGUGGUCUUGGUGAAAAUCGUGUAAGAGAUACUACGACAGUCAACGGCCGGCAAUCACCCACCAAUCCACCGUUUCGAUCUGUCAAUAAUCGGUUCAAAGAGAGUGAGAUAAAAAGGAAGAACGGCAAUAAGCAAGACACCGUUUUACUCGGCACGCUGCUGCUUAUCAGGAACGAGUUCAGCCGGCCUUAA